CUAAAUAAUUGCGGAAAACCAGUGUUAAAGCAUGUAGGUGACGAAAGUACUGAUCAAAACAAUAAUAUUACCAUGACAAGCCAGGAUCUUCUGCAACCUGGUCAUGUUGUUAAGGAACGAUGGAAAGUUACAAAAAAAAUUGGUGGUGGUGGAUUUGGAGAGAUCUAUGAGGGUAUAGAUUUACUAACGCAGGAACAAGUAGCAUUAAAAGUGGAGUCAGCACGACAUCCAAAACAAGUUUUGAAAAUGGAAGUAGCUGUACUUAAAAAACUUCAAGGAAAUGACCACAUCUGCAGAUUUAUAGGCUGUGGAAGAAAUGAUAGAUUUAAUUAUGUUGCGAUGCAAUUACAAGGAAAAAAUCUAGCAGAAUUGCGUCGUGCUCAACCGAAAGGAGCUUUCUCAUUAUCAACUACUCUAAGGUUGGGUCUUCAAAUUCUUAAGGCAAUAGAAAGUAUUCAUCAAGUAGGCUUUCUUCAUAGAGAUAUCAAACCGUCAAAUUUUUCUAUUGGACGGUAUCCAAACCAAUCAAGAUUAGUUUAUAUGUUAGAUUUCGGACUUGCUCGACAGUUUACAACAGGUACUGGUGAAGUUAGACCUCCAAGAGCAGCAGCUGGUUUCAGAGGUACCGUCCGAUAUGCAUCAAUUAAUGCUCAUAAAAAUAAAGAGAUGGGGAGACAUGAUGAUCUAUGGUCACUUUUUUAUAUGCUCGUUGAAUUUGUUAAUGGACAACUUCCCUGGAGGAAGAUAAAAGAUAAGGAACAAGUAGGCCAAAUGAAAGAAAAUUAUGAUCAUAAAUUAUUACUUAAACAUCUUCCUUCUGAUCUACGAAUAUUUUUGGAGCAUAUUCAGAGUUUGGAAUACGCAGAACAACCAGAUUAUGGUAUGUUAGCUGGUUUAUUUGAAAGGUGUAUACAGCGAAGAGGUAUACAAUCAAGUGAUCCUUAUGAUUGGGAAAAACCAACUGUUACCACUGACGGCUUACCCACUACUAAAUCGUUAACUGGAGUUACUAUUCCACAAGCUCUUAUAUCAAGUACUACUAUUCAAGGUGCUACAAUGCCCAAUGUUGAUACAAAUAAUCAAGAAAAUGUUGAACCAGAUAAUAGGAAGGAACUGGAAGCUCAGCUGGAUUAUGAAAGUAUAUGUAGAAGAAGUAGAAUACGAAGAAUUGAAGAAUCUGCUAUUCCAUUUACGACAGCUAUUAGUAAUCAUGGCCGAGAUAAAAAUUGCAAUGCUACCGUGCCAAUUACAGAUAAUACGCGUCAGCAAACUGGACAGCAAGUUGCUAGUGCGUCUCCAAUCCAAGGUUCACCAAAAAAACGACGUGCAGUAUCAAUGGCUGUUGAGGCGCAGAUUUUAACUGCAUCACCAGAAAAGCAGAUGGAUAACGAAGGAGAUGCGCUCAUGGCGAGUGCGCGAUCUACUUCGGAGCUACAACGUUUUAAAGGCAUCAUUAAUACCAUGACACCUUUAAGAAAAUCAGCCAGUGGUGCAACCUUCGCUAGAUUACGAGUUAUGACGACACCUGAGACGACAACCGGUGAAUUACCCACUCCAAAGAUGCAACCUGAUAUUGACGCCUCUUAUUGCUCAUAUGAUGUAACCAAUACCAAAAAUUUUGGAAAUCAAAGUCCCGUAACAGAACAACGAGAACCACUACGUCGUGAACCGAAGCGAAAAUCGGAAAAUCGACAGCAGGUGAAAAGCGGUAGAGCAACAACGCGUGAUUGCUCAAUUACGCAAUUCGCCCAAAUCGAUGACGAUAACGUCUCUGCACUUCAACAGCUAACACGUGGUGGUGGUGGUCUUACUCUUGCUUCGCUCUGGAAAUCGCAGUUCGAUGACUCAGAGGAAACGGACAAUGAAUGGAAAGCAGAAAAUCUACAAAGUCCUGAACACAAGGGAAACAACCAACCACCAUUGAUACAUCAGUCGACGACUGGCAACGAAGUUUACGUUCCAACAAUUAUCCAAACACAAGAAUCAUUCGACGUAAAGGGCACAGCUAUGAAACAAUCUUCGUCAAAGCUCACCAUUCAACAAUCUGCUUAUAAGCAAUUUACUAAAAAUAUACUGACAUGCACAAACAAGGAUUUAUUCAGAGUCAUUGCGCCACGAAAAUGUCUUAAUAUUACAGGAAUUGAGAACUAUCCGGAACUUCAAAAAUCUUUACCUCGUGCAUGGAGCGUCCCAGCAGUGGCGUCGCAUAUUCGUAGUCAUUUGAAAGCACCCUUGGUUCAGCAAGCAGCCUUUGGCGAUAUUAUAUUUGAAGUAGAUGUAAUAAGAAAUAUAGUAAUGCGGCACAACCAGCCAAAAGCUAAUCCCUUGCCUAGAAGAGCAAGUGAACCCACGGUGAUGUUCUUGCCUUCCGAUUCGAUUAUCAACACAGCUGCUCACGAGGAAGAAGAACAGGCCAUUGCAGGUAGAUUAGAAAUUAGAGUUGUUGAUGGGACGGGUGGUGCCACGAUUGUGCAAACGAGUGCUGAUAAGGAACCUAUUCAAAAAAAAAUAAUGAAUGGUAAGACAAGCAGCCCUGUUAGUCCGAAUCUUGGUCCAGAGGAACAGUCUAUUUAUUACGAUGCAACAGAAAAUCGUGUUCCAGUAAAGAAUGUUUCGAAUAAAAUUUCAACUAUUGUAACUUCAACAAUAAUACCAAACACAUCACCAAAUAUUUUUCAUGAAACCAAAGAAAAUAAAGAUAAAGAAGUAUUGGUGAAAUCUUACAGUACUUACAGCAAAAUUCCAAUUCCUGUAAGAAGUCCCAGGUGCUCUUUAUCUGAAUCUACACCAGAGAUACAUACCCCGAACACAAAACUUGGAGUUCGCAGUGAGCAAGAGAAAACACAAUCUAUGAAUGUAUUGUACAAAGAAAAAGAAUUAAUAAAAACGAGGGUUAAGCCAAUGGCGUUAUAUGAGGGUAUACCCUGUUUACGCCGCUGUGCCACUCUUCCAGACGGCAGACCAAGUCUUUGCAGCUUGGCCUCAACUAGCUCAACCGAGGAUGAUAAUUUAAUGGGAUGUACACCGGCACUGCGACGCCGUCGCCAAAGUGAGAAAUAUGUAACAGACACAAGUCAACUAAACUUAAGAUUCCAGAGGCCAAAACAGCGCAGACCGAGGCCUAGCUCCGAGUUAUUACCGCGGUUCAACCCCUGCGGAAUUCCAACUCACUUGCUCGGCGAAGUCGUUGCUCAACAUGAAGAGAGCAGCGACAAUGACUCGGAUAGUAGCGGAAUGCAAUUGGCUGUUCGAACUCAGCUACCACCGCCACCCCCAAGCAGUUUGCCACCCCAUGCUGCAGAAAACAACGCUAGAUGCCGAAGAUUCAGGCCUAUUUCAGAUGGGGCGAUAGUUAGUAAAGAAACGUGAGGUUCAAAGCAACAUUGCAGAAAUCUCUCAUUGUGUUGUCAGUCAACAACAUUUGCCUUUUUCGGAUUCAAGAGAGUAUACAGCUUUUAUAUCUGAGAAAGCGACUGAUUUUGAAAAGGUCUGUAGCAAUUUAAAAGAAGUAGACAUGAUAUUUUCGAGUUGUAUCAUAUGAUGUCAGGGUCAUUGUUCAAAUUAGGAGCUAUAUAUAUAUAUAUA